CUGGAGGCCCAUUCCCCAGGCGCUGCCCCACUUCCUUCAAAGGGUGCCCCAUAGCUGGGGGUGGAGCAAGUAUCUCUCAGAUAAGAGGAAGAGAGAACUCUGCAGUCUGGCUCCAGUUGGGGGAUUGAAGGGUGGAGGGGGGGCUCAGGCCUCAGACAUGGUUGUCUCUCCUUCUGGGUGGAUGCUCAUUUCUUCCCUUCCCUGCAGGGCACUCCGUUAUCCACCAGCCUGGCUCUGCAUCCACCUCCAAUAAUGGUGCCUCCCAACUUGGCAUCUUUAACUGGAUGGCAAUAUACAUUUCAGGUUGGCUCUUUGCAGCAUUCCAGUGGUGCCUGGGAAACGCCUGGCACUGCCUGACCACAGCUGCCUCCCUCCAGGAUUUCUUUCUGUUAAUCAGGAGCUUUUUCACUCGGAAGAAGUUGCUCCUCUUUGUCUUGGGGAUGCUGUUCUUUGUGGCUUCGCUGGCUUAUGGUGCUUGGUGUUUCUACCCCUAUGGACUACAGACCUUCCACCCUGCUAUGCUCUCCUGGUGGGCAGCCCGUGGUAGCAGCAGGAGAGAGGACAGGUGGGAACCAGCACAGUCCCCCUCAUAUUUCCAGGAGCUGGAAAGUGAGGUUGUGCAGAAGACAUCUGAAUGGCACAGUUCUUCCCAAGAAGCCUUUGAGGAGAAAAGGCCAAAGGGGAUGGAUUCCCUAGAGGCCCAGCUGGUUGGCCUGAGGCAGGAGCUGGUGGCCUUGAGCCAGAGCCAGGCUGAGGUGGAAAAAGAAUUACACCUUUGGCCAGAGAAGAUGGCGGCCCUGUGCAACGAGGUAAAUCGUCCAGUUGCCCAGUUAGGCCACGCAUCCAUUGGGCACUUCCCAAAGAUGUAG